UGGACAGUGUUACUUUCACUUUCACCGGGCGAACGCUGCGAGCCGAGCGCAGGUUUGUCAAUUCGGAAUAAAAUCACAUUUCUUGUAACACGGUUCUACGGAAAAGCCACGAGACAGAACCGCGGCUCUUUGAUCGCCAGAAUUAGCUGAGCAACAUGCAUGAGAAACGGGACCAGUCAGUGACCAUGUCACUGUCCCAACCAAAGGGGUGAAGUCUGGCCACACCCGGGAGAUUUUAAACUUCUCAGAAGAUCCAACCAGAUCAAGUUACAGUGAAGAUGAAGGUUCUUUCAUUCUGUCCUAGCUCCACAGUGAGCGCCUCUCUGCCUAAUUUGAUCAUUUUCUUCAUUACUUAUCACAUUCACAAGCUGGAAUCAGCCCAGUUCAGAGUGAUGGGUCCUGGUUACCCUGUCACUGCCAUUGUAGGUGAGGCCAUUGUGUUACCCUGUCACCUGUCCCCCAGGAUGAGCGCUGUGAACAUGGAGGUGAGAUGGUUCCGAUCUGAGUUCACUUCAGUUGUUCAUCAGUAUCAUGAAGGAAAGGAUCAGUAUGGAGAGCAGAUGCCAGACUAUCGUGGAAGGACAGAGCUUUUGAAAGCUGGCAUCACGGAUGGGAAUGUUUCUUUGCAGAUUCUUAAUAUCAGACGCUCAGAUGAAGGACAAUACUAUUGUUUUGUUCAAGACGGCUCUUAUUAUGAAGAAGCCCCAUUGGAACUGAAGAUAGCAGAUUUCUUUUUCCCUAGGGUGAAUCCAUGGAUGGUGGUUCUGAGUGUGAUUCUCCUGGUUUUGUUUGGUUUCAUUGGCCUCACUCUUUAUCUAUUUAACAUGAAAGGGAAACAUCUUGGAGAAAUCAGGAAACGUGAUACAGAAAUUGAUGAUCUUCAAAGAGAACUUGACUGGAGAAGAAACGUCGUCUGCCCAGGGCUGGGAAGUUCUGCGCCACCUGUACAAGAAGCAAAUGUGACUCUGGAUCCAGACACGGCUCAUCCCGAACUCGUCCUGUCUGAGGAUCAGAAAAGUGUGAGAUGGGGAGACACACGCCAGGAUCUGCCCGACAACCCUGAGAGAUUUGAUACUUGGCCCUGUGUGCUGGGCUGUGAGGGAUUCACCUCGGGGAGACAUUGCUGGGAGGUGGAGGUGGGGGAUGGGCAAUGCUGGGUUGUGGGGGUGGCCAGAGAGUCUGUGGGGAGGAAGGGAGGGAUCAGCCUUCGCCCUCAGGGGGGGAUCUGGGCUGUGGAGCAGUGGGGGGAUCAGUUCCGGGCUCUCAGCUCCCCUGUGACCCCCCUGCCCCUGAGCCGGGCUCCCAGCAGGAUCCGGGUUUGUCUGGACUGUGACCGGGGGCAGGUGACAUUUAUCGAUGCUGGUGACGAGGCCCCGAUCUUCACUUUCCCACCAGGCUCCGUCUCUAGGGAGAGAAUCCGACCCUGGCUCUGGGUGGGGACAUGGGGAUCCCGGCUCAGACUGUGUCCCUGAGACACGCAGCUGAAGGGGGAACCAGAAAUCAGCCUCUUUAGCCUCAUGGACCCCAGUCGCUAUGAUCUUGGAGGACUCCCAUCUACCCAGCCUCUGGCUUCUCAUCUCUAUGGCUGCUGUAAGCACCUCCCCCGCCCUCUCUGCAGCCCCAGGGAUGGGGGGAGAAGGAGUAAGAACCACUGGGGCUGCAGGAGGGGAAGAGGAGCCCUGAGGGGCAGAGAUGGGGGCUGGGCAGGGGGCAGAACUAACAGCUGGGCUGGGGACAGGCGGAGGUGGGGGUUGCAGGGACACAGCAUGAAUCAGGGUUUGGAGGGUUGGGGAGAAGCAGCAGCUGCAGGGAGCGUUUUGUACAGAUCUGUGUCCUUAGAUCUCACUGGGGGCUCCCAGCCCGGGAUCAGCACGAGGGGAAGGGAUAAGAUCAGGGAAGGAAGAGAGCAGCCGAGGGGGAUGAUCUGUGACAGGGAGGAGAGAGAGGGAAAUAAACAGGGAUGGGAAGUGAGGCUAGAACAAUAAUGAAUAGAAAAGGACAGUAUGGAAGGAAAGGGAACGUGAGCGGGACGGGGAGAUUUAUUACAUGUUACUGAAAGUGAGAAAAUAACUCAUUAAUUCCCUAUAUUAAUUCCUGGCCAUUGAUGCCAUUUUAGUGCCAUUAAGAAAACUGUUCUCAGUAGCUGGGGAUCUCCUUGCCGUGCUGCGGUUAUUAAAGCUCCUUCUUAGCGCCUUUUACUUUGCUAUUUUCCAGCAACUUACUAUAAAUAAAACAUUACAAACAGUUCUUCUUGUUUGAUCCACUUUACUGUCCCAGAUGCAGCUGCUGGGGGCAGCAUCAUGGAAUUUGCUUCCCAAUUUGGUUGUGUCCCCCCAGCCCCCACUGGGAAUAUUGCACCCAGGGCCGGCUCCAGACACCAGCGAAGAAAGCAGGUGCCUGGGGUGGCCAAUAGAAAGGGGCGUCAAUGUGUCAGUUGUCGGGGCAGCAGGUCCAGAUUGGCAGCAGCAGCAGCACUUAAGCGGCGGCUCAAUCUGCCCUGCUUCAGUGUUUGGUGAAAAUUCGGCAGCGGGUCCUUCACUUGCUGUCUUCCUCUUCGGUGGCAGCUCAAUUGGGUUCUUCCUUUUUUCUUUUUUCUUUUUUCACCACUUGGGGCAGCAAAAAAGCUGGAGCUGGUACUGAGUGCACCUCUAGGAAGAGAGUUUGGGUUUUACUGUGUAAUGUGUCACUACCCAGCCUGUUCUCUGCCCUGUACACACCCAUGUCAAUCAGGAAUUGCUCCGCUCUGCUCUGCGGAGCGGUGACUGGUUGCACAGGGGGCAAUCCAUGCAGGGACUUGGGUGUUGCAAUUCUGAACAUCACAGUGAGGAAUUUUUAGGCAGCAAGAAAAUCACAGGAACAGCAGCACUGUGACCCUCAGAGCUGAGUCAGGUGCCUAAACUGCCUAGACACUGCCAAUCUGUGGGUAACACAGGCACCUCAGUAGGCGGGGAGCCAUGUAAGCUGGCCAAUGGGAGAUGCCAACAAGGGGGGAAUGGGUGUCCUAAGCCACAUCCCUCUCAUGGAUAGGUGCCUAAAUCUGGGCUGCAGAGGGGUGUGCUUCUACUUAGCAACCCACAAACAGGAACCCACCGUCUGAUGUCCGGGGCCUCCAGUCGCGGCAGCUGCCAGUGCCUGGUAGUGAUGGUGGCUGGGAGCCCCAGGCCCUUUGAAAUCGCCCCAGCAGGCUGCAGGGCUCCUAGGCGCAGGCGCUGGAUGGGUGCAGUGGCACAUUAGGGGAAGGAAAAGUCCUAGA